UUCGUCGGGAGCGAGACACGCCGGUUAGUUGAUUUGAACGGCAGUGAUUCGCCUUCUGAUACAAGUUAUAAAUCGAAAUAUUAUUCAUUUAAUUUUUUUUAAUCAAAUCGAAGUGUAAUUGUGACAAUUGAGGUACUUUGUGGAAUUAUUUGGUACUGUUUGUGUAGCUUUUAAAGUUUCUGUACUUUUUUGUGGAGAUAUGCAGGUGUGAGAUGGGGCUGACGGAGGAGCAGCGGCCGAGCCCGCGGCGCUCACCCGCGCUUCCCGCGCCUCCGGCGCUGCCCGCGUUACCCCCGCCCAUACAGCCCUACAGCGGCUUUCUCGGCAAUGGAAAGUCUGUGAUCCGUCCGAUAGCAUUCAAGCCGCUUGGCGGACGGCUGUCAGCGGGCGGCGAGCGUUAUGGAUCCACUCCAGUACUCGCCAGUAGACCGCCCUCGCUUAUGACUCUAUAUGGCAGUUCGUCGGACGUGCGCGAGGCUCGUUGGUGUGGGUCCCCACAGCCGGCGUCUUUAUCCGCUCUACCACCCGCCACGCUCUCCGCACCGCUACAUCAGAGACAUCAUUCCGCUAUUGUAACGAAGACAAGUUGCUUGGCGAGCGGGGACAGCAAGGAGCCAGUGCCUGCGCCCUCGCCCGCAGACUCCGGCGUCUCCGAGUUGGAGCGCGACCACCAUGACUACAGUACGUGCGAGCGCGUGCGGGGCCACGUGCACGGGCACGAGGCUCGCGUGCGUGUGGCGCGCGGUCUGGCGGCGGGCGUGGGCGCGGCGUGCGCGAGACGAGACGAGCGCGAGGCGGAGCUGGGCCGAGUGCGACGCGAGCGCGCGUUGCUGCGCCAGCGGCUGGAGGACGCCGAGUGGAGUCUCUGCCAGCGCGCAGGGGAGAUCGCACUGCUCAAGACGCAGCUCAAGGAGGCACAGAACGAACAAACAGCCAAAGGCCACGAAUACCUGACAAUGAAAGCCGACUGCCGCCAGCUGAGAGAGGCGCUCGACAAAAAGGAGAAAGACAUAAUGAGGUUGCGCUCCGAAUUAGAAGAAAAAGAGAAGUCAGUGAGCAGACUGCAGUCAGAAGUGGACCGACUGACGGGAGAUCUAGUUCAGAGCGUGGCCGACAUGAACAAGGCGAAGGAGAACAGCAAAAACGAAAUCGAAAGACUAAAAACGGAACUGAAGGAACUGAGGCAGGAACUAUCCGAUGUAUCUCUGAGCGGAUACGAGGGUAUAGAGUGCGGGAGGACGAUGCGAGGUCUCUACGACUGCAAGACUAACGAGUACCAUUGGAACUCCAGUGAUAGUGCAUUAGAAGAUGCUGAAGUUCAGAGAUUGAACGGAGAACUGCCGGAUGCUUGUGGAGAACCUUGUCCAGCAAAUGCUAUAGUAGACAGACUCAAAUGUGAAUUAGAAGCGAAAGAAGCACAGUUUAAUAAUGAAAGAAGAAAGUGGUCCGAAGAGAAGGAUAAAGUGCUUCGUUAUCAGAAGCAAUUGCAGCUGAAUUAUGUGCAGAUGUUCAAGAGAUCUCGGAGUCUGGAGGCUGAGGUGGACGGUCUACGUCUGGAGCUGGAGCUCUGCAACAAGAACAAUAUGAACCAACAUGGUAAGACAAUACAUUUGUAACUACCAAAUUUACUAGUUAACUAAUAUUUAUUUAGAUUUCUUUCAACUUUUGUAUAUAAUAAUGCCUCUUGCCGCGGUCUUUUAGCCAAUACGUUUAUACAAUGAUACUCAA